GAUGAUUUUGAUGAUGAUGAUGAUGAUACGUAGUAAUGGCACGGCGGUGGCUGUUUUGAUGAAGAUGAAGACAAUGUCGAUCCGCUCUUUUUUACUUACUAGAAGAAGAUUACCAUAUAGUUAAAAACCUGUGGUGGUGGUGGUGGUGAUGGUUGUGAUGAUAGUUAUGUGAUGAUAAUGAUGUUGUUUAAAUGGAGAUGCCAUUGCAGAUAACGAUAGUCACAAGGUUACACAUGAGAAUAGAGAUGGUGAUUUUGAUGGUCACCAUGGAGAUGAUGUUGAUGGAUGGAGUGUUACAGAUUUUGCCAAGGCUGAUGAUAAUGGUGAAGGCAAUGAUGUUAGAGAGCUUAAACAAUCGCGACUACAAUGGUUACGAACACAUUAA